GAGCAAGGGAGGGAGGGAAGGAGGGAGCGGAGGGAGGGAAGGAGAGAGCGGAGGGAGGGGCGACUUGCUUCUUGAAUCGCCUGCACCUCAGGGGCGCGCGCUCAGUCUACGCUGCGCUGCAAUGUCCGGAGGGUCAGCCAGGAGCCUGGGGAAGGGAAGCCCGCCUCCGGGGCCGGUCCCCGAGGGCGUGAUCCGCGUGUACAGCAUGAGGUUCUGCCCGUUCGCGGAGAGGACCCGCCUGGUGCUGAACGCCAAGGGAAUCCGGCAUGAAGUCAUCAACAUCAACCUGAAAAAUAAGCCUGAGUGGUUCUUUGAGAAGAAUCCCUUGGGUCUGGUGCCAGUUCUGGAAAACAGUCAGGGUCAACUGAUCUAUGAAUCUACCAUCACUUGUGAGUACCUGGAUGAAGCAUAUCCAGGGAAGAAGCUGUUGCCAGAUGACCCCUAUGAGAAAGCUCGCCAAAAGAUGAUCUUUGAGUUAUCUUCUCAGAUACCAACUUUGCUAAUAUGCUUUCUUCGAGGACAAAAUAAGGAUGACUACUCUGGCCAAAAAGAACAAUUGCAUAAAGAAUUCAGCAAGCUAGAGGAGGUUCUGACCAACAAGAAGACAACCUUCUUUGGUGGCAAAAAUAUUUCUAUGGUUGAUUACCUCAUCUGGCCCUGGUUUGAACGGCUGGAAGCAGUGGAGUUAAUUGACUGUGUAGACCACACUCCAAAACUUAAGCUCUGGAUGGAAGCCAUGAGGAAAGAUCCCACAGUAUCAGCCCUCAUCACUGACGCGAAGACCCUUCGUGGUUUCACAGAUCUCUACUUGCAAAACAGCCCUGAUGCCUGUGACUAUGGGCUCUGAUUGGGGCAGGAGUCAGCAAUGGAAAUAUGUCUGAUAUUUCCCUUCACUAAAAUGAAUAAUAACAUGAUUUUAUUCUA